GGGCAUUUUUCUGAGCUCCAUUGUGAUCCAGCCCACUUCUCCUUCACAGGUACCACGGACACAGACCUCUCGGCCGGAAUCUCCAGGGAUGACCAGCCCCUCCCCACGCAUCCAGAUAAUCUCCACCGACUCUGCGGUAGCUUCACCUCAGCGAAUUCAGAUUGUAACAGACCAGCAGACAGGACAGAAGAUCCAGAUAGUCACCGCAGUGGACGCCUCCGGAUCCCCCAAGCAGCAGUUCAUCCUGACCAGCCCAGAUGGAGCUGGAACUGGGAAGGUGAUCCUGGCUUCCCCGGAGACAUCCAGUGCCAAGCAGCUCAUAUUCACCACCUCGGACAACCUUGUCCCUGGCAGGAUCCAGAUCGUCACGGACUCUGCUUCUGUGGAGCGCUUGCUGGGUAAGGCCGACGUCCAGCGGCCGCAAGUGGUAGAGUACUGCGUGGUCUGUGGCGACAAAGCCUCCGGCCGGCACUAUGGGGCUGUCAGUUGUGAAGGUUGCAAAGGUUUCUUCAAAAGGAGUGUAAGGAAAAAUCUGACCUACAGUUGCCGGAGCAACCAAGACUGUAUCAUCAAUAAACACCACCGGAACCGCUGUCAGUUUUGCCGGCUGAAAAAAUGCUUAGAGAUGGGCAUGAAGAUGGAGUCUGUGCAGAGUGAACGGAAGCCCUUUGAUGUGCAACGGGAGAAACCAAGCAAUUGUGCUGCUUCAACUGAGAAAAUCUAUAUCCGGAAGGACCUGAGAAGUCCUCUGAUAGCCACUCCCACGUUUGUGGCAGAUAAAGACGGAGCAAGACAAACAGGUCUUCUUGAUCCAGGGAUGCUUGUGAACAUCCAACAGCCUUUGAUACGUGAGGAUGGUACAGUUCUCCUGGCCACGGAUUCCAAGGCUGAAACAAGCCAGGGAGCUCUGGGCACACUGGCAAAUGUAGUAACCUCCCUUGCCAACUUAAGUGAAUCCCUGAACAAUGGUGACACUUCGGAAAUGCAGCCGGAGGACCAGUCUGCAAGUGAGAUUACUCGGGCAUUUGAUACUUUAGCUAAAGCACUUAAUACCACAGACAGCUCCUCACCUCCAAGCCUAGCAGAUGGGAUAGACGCCAGUGGUGGAGGGGGCAUCCAUGUCAUCAGCAGAGACCAGUCCACACCCAUCAUCGAGGUCGAAGGGCCCCUCCUUUCAGACACUCAUGUCACAUUUAAGCUCACGAUGCCCAGCCCGAUGCCAGAGUACCUCAACGUGCACUACAUCUGCGAGUCAGCAUCCCGCCUGCUUUUCCUCUCCAUGCACUGGGCCAGGUCAAUCCCAGCCUUUCAGGCACUUGGGCAGGACUGCAACACCAGCCUGGUGCGGGCCUGCUGGAACGAGCUCUUCACCCUCGGCCUGGCCCAGUGUGCCCAAGUCAUGAGUCUCUCCACUAUCCUGGCAGCCAUUGUCAACCACCUGCAGAACAGCAUCCAGGAAGAUAAACUUUCUGGAGACCGGAUAAAGCAAGUCAUGGAGCACAUCUGGAAGCUUCAGGAGUUCUGUAACAGUAUGGCGAAGCUGGAUAUAGACGGCUAUGAGUAUGCAUACCUUAAAGCUAUAGUUCUCUUUAGCCCCGAUCAUCCAGGUUUGACCAGCACAAGCCAGAUUGAAAAAUUCCAAGAAAAGGCACAGAUGGAAUUGCAGGACUAUGUUCAGAAAACCUACUCAGAAGACACCUACCGAUUGGCCCGGAUUCUUGUUCGCCUGCCGGCACUCAGGCUGAUGAGCUCCAACAUAACAGAAGAACUUUUUUUCACUGGUCUCAUUGGCAAUGUGUCGAUAGACAGCAUAAUCCCCUACAUCCUCAAGAUGGAGACAGCAGAGUACAAUGGCCAGAUCACCGGAGCCAGCUUAUAGUGCGUACCGCACACCUGCAGAGAAGCAAAAGGAUCCUCCCAGGACCACUCGGAUACAGAGAAAAUAAAGUAGUGGUAUUUUGGUAUGUGCAAAUAUUUCCAGUAUGUUAGCCAUUUCCUACCUGGUUUCUUCUUAUCUGUUAAUCCCAGACAAUAGCAACUAAAAGACUAGUAGGAUCCUUUCCUGCCAUAAGAAAUGUUAUAAUGCCUUUUGAUGAAGGAGAUUUUGAAACAAUCUUUUAACCCAGUUUGUAUUUAGAAAUCCUCAAAGGGCAAAAAACAGAGUUUUAUAAUGUCAGAGACUGGUAUUAAACAAAACAAAAAGAACCUAAGAGAACAGUAUGUGUGUAUAUAUAUUAAAAAUGUCCUUGGAAUUAAUAGCUACUAAUUACCAGGGUAAUAAUAUUAGCACUUUCUAAGCACUUCUUAUCAAUGCGUAAUGUUAGCAACAUCUUGCCCUCGGGCAGGACAAAUGGAAAACUGUAUAUGUCUUUUGCCGAAAUGCUAGUAAUUUCUGUGAAAACGCACUAGGGUACAGGAGACAAUCAUUUAUGUUUAAGAAAAGAUGGCAUCAUUCCUAAUUGUAUGCACACACUUGUGGUGUUGAACUAAAUUCCUAUGAACGAAUGAAAAUGUGGCUCAUCUGUAUGAUGCAGUAAGUGGGAGUGUGGAGGCACAGUCGGGGGUGACCCAAACCAGAAGCUUCCUCAGCUGUGAGGUGAUGAUGCUUGUCAGCUUCCUUGACCUCUGGUUCUGGUCUGUGACUGGCAUCUGCAGGCUCCUCCAAACCUGGGGCUCUCUUCUGAUGACUGGUUCUCAGAAUUGGAUUACAACCAGUCAGACAUUAACUGCCAAUUCCUUCAGCAACUGAAAACAUCCCCACAUCACCUCCACCACUCACGGCAGACAGAGCCUUCUGACCAAAAAGUGCAAGGUGGGCAUUUUGAACCCGACAGUAAUUCCUGAAUGCAGUCUGGGGCGCUGGCUCGU